UUAAGCCUAUUUCUAUAAUUAACCGGCGCCAAAUAUCACCUUUAAAUUUUAACAAAUUGCUUUAAACAACAGUUAUUAAAUCAAACUCUUGUUUUUUAAGUAUAAUAAGACAAUUUUCAAAAUAUUUACGACCACGAACAAAAGUUCAAUAUAGUUAUUAAUUAAUAUUGUAUUAAUUUAGUUAAUUCUAAGUUGACCCAAUACUCAAGCAAGUCCUUGCAAUAACAAAUUAGAAAAAUUUAGAAAUGCUUGAAUCCAAUUGAACGUGGUCAUUAAUACCGUUAACGUCAAUAACAUUUUGAAAUGAUAACGGCAUUAUUUAGAGUUGAUCUCAUUAGCUUUGUUAAGAGGCAAUUUAGCAUCAAGCUCUAAGAUGCAUUGCAGUGGUUAAUCCUUUAAAGAAAAAACAGUGUAGAAUGUUAAGUAACACUUUGAACAACACUUGAAAAUAGCAAAGAUAAUUUAAUAGAAUAUUUUGAAAGUUUAUCAAUGUUACGGUGUUUCAAGUUCUCUUUAGUCUAUUGUUUGUUAUAGCUUAUUAAAUUCAGACGUCAACGUUAUUAUUGUUGUAAGAAAAGUCUUCUUAUCGUAUACAGUAACUUCCCUUUUUCAAAGAUGUAAGUGGAAAUACACAAUCUUCUAUUAAGACCAUAGUUUUCUAUAUAUUCAAAUAUACUUUGAUAAUACGAUUUGGGUUGUUAUAAAACGAGAGUUUUUUACUUAAAAUGUGGCAUCUCGUUAUAAGAAGCACAUUCUAUGCGUUCUUUUUUAUUUUUGGACUAGUGGGUAACAUUUUUGUUAUUUCGUUGUACAUUUUUAAAAUGAAACAGUCUCACUUUCGAUGGCUCGUUAUACACCACGCGUUGUCUGACACCCUCUGGGUGACUGUGUCAUUUAUGCAUAUCUUACAUUUACUUUUCAAUAAUGGAAAAUGGAACAUAGGCGUUUUUAUGUGUAAAUUUAUUACAUUUAUUGGUCCGUUAACAGUAAACGUUAGCGCUUGGAUUUUAUGUUUAAUGGGAUACGAGCGUUACAGAGCAAUAUGCAACCCUUUUUCUCGCCGAUUUUCUCGUAAAAUUAUCCAUAAAUCAGUUGCAGUGUGUUGGGUUAUAUGCAUUGGUCUCAAUUUUGUUUUAAUUUGGCGUUUAAAUGUUGUUGAUGGUAAAUGUUAUCCGGUGUUUAAAUCCCACACUGAGUACGUUCUUAACGUCUCAAUGACAUUUAUGGCUAAUAGCGUUAUACCUAUUGUUCUACUAUUUUAUUAUUUACUAUGUGUAGUUGUGACUUUUCGCAAAAGAGCAAUUUAUAUAAAUAAUAUUAAACGUUUCAAGAGCUCGAUCAUAGUAGGAUCUUCGAUUUUUCACUUUAACACCAAUGAAUCUAUUGAGAUAAAACCCAACAUAUCAGAAAAAAGUAACUUUAACGCCAAUGAGUCUAUUGAGAUAAAACCUAACGCAUUAGAAAAAAGUAACUUUAACCCUAAUGACUUUAUUGAGAUAAAACCCAACGUAUCAGAAAAAAGAUUAUCCAUUAGAGGUAUUCCGAAAACCUUAGAGCGGUUAUCAACGAGAGAAGCCAUUAUUCCAGAAUCUGAAUUAUUAAAUAUGUCUUGUACAUCAGGCCCUACUUUUGAUUCUUCAGAAACAACUUCAAGCGUAACUAAUGAAAAAAUAAAACGUCAAGUAGUUAGUCUUUCUAUGCAUUCGGUAGAUAUAUUUCAACCAAAUGAGGCACUCUUUAAUAGACGUAAUAAAAGACACUGCGUUUCAAACUAUGAUCAAAUUCCUUCGGAAAAUUUUACAUCUGCUAUAAAAUUGCCUCCAAGAAGUAAUAGUUGUCAAAAUUAUAGUACUAGUAAUCAUAUUUUUUCAUUGGGUCGUGCUUCAACAGGUAGUUUCCCAAAGUACGAGUUUUCAGCUAACAGAAGCAGUCGUACUUCUAUAACUUCAAUAUCCCGAAGACGUCAAAGUAUGCAAAACUUACUUAUAAAAAUGAAUAAAAAAAAAGAUUCUUUCACUGAGAUUGCAAAUAUUCGAAUAAAGGACUUGCGAGAUCGAGCAACGGUUAACAUACUCCUGUUUACAGCCGUAGUUUUCUUUUUAUCAACAUUCCCAUAUACCGCAUUUGAUAUUGUAAUAUCCAUAUUACAAAAAGAUACUUUUAUAGGAGUCGGUAAGUCAGAAUGCAAAACUACAUUAGAAGUGGUUAAAGAGUGGUUGUAUAUACUACUGCUUUCUAGGUCUGUUAUGAAUGUUUUUAUCAAUUGUGGAAAAUUUUCUUAUAUUUAUCAAUAUGCAAAUAAAUUAUUACGUUGUACACAAAGGCACAGUAACCAGAGUGUAACUAAAUAAUGUAUGUUUUUUCUAAGUUAAGUUUAAAAUAACGACGAAAUAUUUAUUUGACUGUUUCUUUGGAAGAAAAAACAAGAAAACAAGCUACUGACGUCAAAGAAGAAUAAAAUUUUAAGAAUGAUGAAAUCAAAUAUAACAAAUUGAAAAAAACCAAAUACUAAACAAACAAAAAAAUAAUAAUAAUACAAAAAAAAAAAUUAAUGAAAUAUGAAAACGCAGACAAAAGAAAAAACGCUAAUAGAAAGUAUCAUUAAAAUUAAUUUGUAUUUAAAUUAUAACUUUUGUUGCAUCGUUAAACUUUAAUUUGUUUUUUGUACAUUGCACUCUAUUAAAUUGUUGAUGUUUUAA